CAGACUGAUCCAAACACGGCAUUUUUGAGGGCAGCUAGAGCAGGGCAGCUGGACAAAAUUCAGGAAUAUCUUGAUUCUGGAACAGUUCGGGACAUCAACACUUCGAAUGCCAACGGCCUCAACGCCCUCCAUCUCGCCUCCAAGGACGGCCACAUCGACAUCGUGAGGGAGCUGCUCAAGAGGGGCGCAGUCGUCGAUGCAGCCACCAAAAAGGGCAACACCUCGUUGCACAUCGCCUCGCUCGCUGGUCAAGAAGAAGUAGUUCGACUCCUAGUCCAAUACGGUGCUUCCCUGAACGUCCAGUCCCAAAAUGGGUUCACCCCCCUAUACAUGGCGGCCCAAGAAAACCACGACGGUGUGGUGCGAUAUUUGUUGUCCAAGGGAGCGAAUCAGACUUUGGCCACCGAGGACGGCUUCACGCCGCUGGCGGUGGCUAUGCAGCAGGGCCACGACAAGGUGGUCGCCGUCCUUUUGGAGAACGACACCAGGGGCAAGGUGCGCCUGCCCGCCCUGCACAUCGCCGCCAAGAAGGACGACGUGAAGGCGGCCGCGCUGCUGCUACAGAACGAGCACGAUCCGGACGUGACGUCGAAGAGCGGCUUCACGCCGCUGCAUAUCGCCGCGCAUUACGGGAACGAUAAGGUGGCGCUGCUGCUCUACGAGAAAGGCGCCGAUGUCAACUACACUGCCAAGCACAACAUCACCCCCCUGCACGUGGCCAGCAAGUGGGGCAAGAUCAACAUGGUCACUCUGCUGGUGGCCAAGGGGGCCGACAUCCAGGCGAAGACCAGGGACGGACUCACGCCGCUGCACUGCGCCGCGCGUAGCGGUCACGAUCAGGUCGUCGAUAUGUUGCUGGAGAACGGGGCACCGAUGCACGCCAAAACGAAAAACGGUUUGGCGCCGCUGCAUAUGGCCGCCCAGGGCGAGCACGUGGAUGCCGCCCGCGUCCUGCUCUACCACGGCGCGCCCGUCGACGAGGUCACCGUCGACUACCUGACCGCCCUGCACGUAGCCGCCCACUGUGGGCAUAUCAGGGUGGCCGAGCUGCUGCUCGGCCGGGCGGCGGAUGCCAAUGCACGGGCGCUCAACGGUUUCACGCCCAUGCAUAUCGCCUGCAAGAAGAACAGGCUCAGGGUGGUCGAGUUGCUGCUGAAACAUGGGGCCAGUAUCAGUGCGACAACGGAAAGUGGCCUGACACCUCUGCAUGUCGCCAGUUUCAUGGGUUGCAUGAACAUCGUCAUCUAUUUGCUCCAACACGAUGCGAGUCCUGAUAUUCCUACCGUUAGGGGUGAAACUCCCUUACAUUUGGCAGCGCGAGCUAACCAGACAGACAUAAUAAGGAUACUAUUGAGAAAUGGCGCUGCCGUGGACGCCAAAGCCAGGGAGGAACAGACCCCCUUGCAUGUAGCCUCCAGAUUGGGCAACGUCGACAUCGUGAUGCUGCUGUUGCAACAUGGCGCCCAGCCCCACGCCACCACCAAGGACCUUUACACCCCUUUGCAUAUCGCGGCCAAGGAGGGGCAAGAGGAGGUGUCCGCCGCCCUCCUGGACAAUGACGCCGACCCCACCGCCACCACCAAGAAGGGUCUCACCCCCCUCCAUCUGGCCGCCAAGCACGGCCACCUGUGCGUGGCGCGCCUCUUGCUGCGCAGAUCGGCGCCGUGCGACGCGCAGGGCAAGAACGGCGUCACGCCGCUCCACGUCGCCGCCCAUUACGAUCGGCAGCCGGUGGCGCUGCUGCUGCUCGACAAGGGGGCGUCGCCGCAUGCGGCGGCCAAAAAUGGACACACGCCGCUGCAUAUCGCUGCAAGGAAAAACCAGAUGGACAUAGCGACAACUCUCCUUGAAUAUGGUGCUCAAGCUGACGCAGAAUCCAAAGCCGGUUUCACGCCUUUACAUCUCAGUUCCCAAGAAGGCCAUUCUGACAUGUCUUCCUUGUUAUUGGAACACAAAGCCAACCCAAAUCAAGCUGCCAAGAACGGUCUCACCCCGCUGCACCUGUGCGCGCAAGAAGACCGCGUCCCCGUCGCGCAACUACUACUCCGCGCAGGCGCAGACAAGGACGCCCCAACCAAGCAGGGCUACACCCCUCUACACGUCGCCUGCCACCACGGCCACAUCGGCAUGGUGAGGCUGUUGAUCGAGCAGGGCGCCAGCGUCGACAAGCCGACUGCUGCUGGGUACACCGCGCUGCACCAGGCCGCCCAACAGGGCCACGUGCUGGUCAUCAGUUUGCUGUUGAAGAACAAGGCCGACCCCAAUGCGUUGACUAACAACGGCCAAACGGCCUUGGGCAUAGCCAACAAGCUGGGUUACAUCAGCGUGGUGGAGGAACUGAAAGUGGUGACAGAAACCAACAUCACCACCACCACGACGAUGAGCAUCGAGGAGAAAUACAAAGUUGUUGCCCCCGAGGCCAUGCAGGAGACUUUCAUGUCGGACUCGGAGGACGAAGGAGGCGAGGACCCUCUGUUGAGCGACCAGCAGCAAUACAAAUACAUGACUGUCGACGAUAUGAAGUCUCUGGGCGAUGACUCGAUGCGGCUAGACGUCACUAGUGACGAAAAGAGCGAACACAACAGGAAUUCGAUGGCUCCCUCUCAUAUUAGCAGUGAACUCAUCAUAACUCCUCACCAUAACAAGGAAUAUUAUGCAACAAACCCAUAUUCCGGUGCAGACAAUGUGGAUAUCAACCGUCAGCCUAUCACAGCAGGCUUCCUGGUGUCGUUCAUCGUGGACGCUAGAGGCGGCGCGAUGCGCGGCUGCCGCCAUUCGGGCGUACGCGUGAUCGUGCCGCCCCGCUGCGCUGCCAGUCCCACCCGGAUCACGUGCCGCUACGUCAGGCCGCAACGGACGCCCCACCCGCCGCCCCUCAUGGAGGGGGAGGGAUUGGCCAGUAGGCUGCUCGAGCUGGGGCCGGUCGGCGCCAAAUUUUUGGGGCCAGUCAUCAUUGAAGUACCGCAUUUCGCUUCUUUGAGAGGCAAACAAAGAGAAAUCAUCGUACUCAGAUCCGACAACGGGGAAACCUGGAAAGAACACACUCUGGACGCGAACGAGGAAGCGAUACAGGAUGUCCUGAACCACAGUUUCGACGGUGAAGAACUGAGUCAGUUGGAAGACUUGCACACCAACAGGAUCACGCGCAUCCUGACCAACGAUUUCCCACACUACUUCGCUGUGGUUUCCCGGGUGAGACAGGAAGUGCACGCUAUCGGUCCUGACGGCGGUACCGUGUCCAGCAUAGCGGUACCGCUGGUACAGGCUGUGUUCCCGCCCAACGCGCUCACGAAGAAGAUAAGGGUCGGACUGCAGGCGCAAGCCAUCGAGCCCGAGCUGGUGUCAAAGCUACUGGGGCACGGCGUUGCCGUCUCGCCCAUAGUGACGGUAGAGCCGCGCAGGCGCAAAUUCCACAAGGCGAUCACGCUGAGCAUGCCGGCGCCGCAAGCGCACUCGCAGGGCAUGAUCAACCAGUACCAGGCGGCCGCCAACGCCACCUUGCGGCUGCUCUGCUCGAUCACCGGAGGGCAGAACAAGGCAGUAUGGGAGGACGUUACUGGAUCCACUCCAUUGAGUUUCGUGAAAGAUUGCGUCUCUUUCACCACUACAGUGUCCGCAAGAUUUUGGCUGAUGGACUGCCGAAACGUAUCUGACGCUGCAAGAAUGGCAACUGAACUAUACAACCAGGUGACUCAUGUUCCCUUCAUGGCCAAAUUUGUGGUGUUUGCGAAAAAAGUGUCAACUUUGGAAUCUAGGAUCAGGGUUUUUUGCAUGACUGAUGACAAGGAAGACAAGACCUUAGAGCAUCAAGAGCAUUUCACAGAAAUAGCUAAGAGCCGAGACAUCGAGGUUCUUGAAGGAAAAGAGGUAUUCAUGGAGUUUGCUGGUAAUCUUGUACCCAUUUUGCAAUCUACAGACCAACCAAGGUUGGGUUUCAAGGCAUUCAGAGAAAACCGGAUGGCUUUCAAUAUGAGAUUACGAGAUCAGGAUGAUGAAGCUACUGGUCGUAUAGUGUUUAUGGGCGAGGCCAAAGUAGCAAGAGGAGAACCCAACCAAACUCCACUGUGCACAUUGAACCUAGUACUGCCAAAAGACAUUCUUCCAGGUCGCGACUCCCAAUCAGACCUUCUCUCCAUCGACAAAGAUCAUAGUUUUCUACAGCACGGAGGAAUCAGUAAACCAGAUGCUAUUCACCGAGCAGAUUUCAAACUGUCCGACAUUUGCAAUUUGCUGGACGAAGACUGGGAGAAGCUGGCCAUGGAAAUGGACAUUCCACCGUCUGACAUUGAACUGAUCAAGGAAGAAUACCCCGAGAAUCAUCCCCAACAGGCGAUGAUCAUGUUCAGGUUGUGGCUGAGACAGAAGGCAAACCAGGCGACUGGAAAUAAAUUGGAGCAAGCUCUCAACAAGAUAGGGAGGCAGGAUAUCGUCAACAAAUGCAUCUGCAACGUCGAGUUGGUGACUGACGAUAUGGAGAAGGCUUUGGCUAAAGUGGAGCUGGAUCAGUCGGGCUUCGAUUAUUUGAAAGACGAAUUGGGUCCUUCCAGAGAUACUUCUCUUAGGAGAGACACCCAUAUCGACAAGUCUUUCGGCGACGAAAUUGAAAAAAGUGAGACGAGCGAAAACUUGAACAAGACCUCCUCGGGCAAAGACGCCACAGACACUACCAGCGAUAACCUGAACAACGGCACGCGAGAAAACGGCCUAGACGACUCCUCACCGACGCCCACGCCCAAAAACGACUCCCCUCCCACGUCUCCACCCACACACGACUCCCCUCCCACGCCCACGCCCAAAAAUGAUUCCCCUCCCACACCCACAAAUACCACGCCCAAAAACGAAUCCCCUCUCACGCCCACCGACGCCCACCAAGCUGAGGUCAUCGAGGAGAUCACGCAGCAGUUGCACCACCUGCAGUCCUCGCUGCGGCUGAAGGACGACCCGAACGCCAACACGCCGCCGCCGAGUCCGGCCGAGUUCGGCCGAGACGCGGAUCCGAUGGAGGCGGAGCUAGAAGUGGGCGGGGAGCGAGCAGCCGAAGGGCCGCCCCACCUAUUCGCUUCCACGCCCUACAAACGGCAGCCGGAAGAACACCACUUGGACCCCGUAAAGCCCCACUUGGACCCCAUAGAGCCCCACUUGGACCCCAUAGCGCUCCUCAAGCGCCACGUCAACGACACCAUGACCUUCUUGCACCAAGAGAGGAACGACUUUCUGCCCGAGGACGAUAUAAUCAUCCCCAGCAGGAAAGACGACCACAUCGCCAAAGCCAUCGAUUUGGACAGCAUCAACUUGAAGACCCCCAAAAGGUCCACUAGCGAUUACGAGGACAGUUUGCGCGAAGCGGCGGAAAAUGAGGUGGAUGAGGUCAUCAAAGAGGCCGAGGAAGUAGUGAACGAAAGGCUGAAGACCAAUAAAGUGUUGAGAUUCAGCGAGGAACUGACAAACAACGUUGACAGUUUGUACGAGGAUGUCAAAACCAUCACUGAGGACUCUUUGGACAACUUAGACAGUUUGAAGGACGACUCGAUUUCGGUGGCGCAGGAAAAAAGCGAGGAAGCAUUCAAGUUUUUGGAAAACGAGGCUUCCAGCCCGCUAGUGAGCAAACCCGUCGACAGCCAUUCCUUUUUGGAAAGAGAAAUAGAAGCUACAAUGGUAGACGAACAAAAAUCGCCUAAGAAAAGUGCGAUACCUGUGGCCAAACCCAGACAAAGUAGAGAUGGGGAUGGGGAAGACAGAGCCGCGUCGCCCACGGACAGCGAGCUCUUGACCAAAAUCCCGGUAUCUUUGAAAGGUGGCAAAGUGAAAACGAUCAAGAAACAUUCGAAGGACCCUCUCAAGGAGUUUGUGACGCUUUCCAAGGACGUCAAUUGGGACGACGACGACGAAACGAAUAAAAUCAUCAGCACCAUGGACCCCACGAAAAGCAUGAUACCGGUGCCACGCCCAGAAUCUCUCGUCGUUUCUCCGCCGAAAUCGAGCAAAAUCCCAGUUUUGAAGACGGAGACCAUUAGGAUAGGGUCUCCGCCUUGCGAAGCUAACGCCUUAGUGUCUCCCGGCUCUAAGGUUUCUACUAAGAGCAGCACUGUUGAUUCGGAGUCUGAUGAUGAUAGCGGAAGGAGCCCGGUGCUGAAGGGCAUCCUGAAAAAGGGGGUUAGGACCGUGGGGAGCUCGAGCGGGUCGGAUAUAGCGCUGCACGAAGAAGGGGCCGAACUCAGCGAGGACGAAUCAGAAGAUUUUUACCAGCAAGAACCCCAGUUUACUAUCACGACAACAGAAGAGAUUGAUCCAGUCACUGGUGCAAAAACAACAAGGACAGUAAGGACAGCUUCCCAAAUGAUCACGUCACCCAAUCAGAACGAAGAAGAUUUUCGGCAUUCAAUGCAAACAGUUCUGGACCAGUUCAUGUCCGAAGAGAGAAAUCCGCACUAA